AUCUCAAUGAAUGUUUUAUUUCACUCAUAACCGAUCAUUUUACGACAUAUGUCGUAUUUCGUUUUGUUUUCAAACAAGCAAUGGCUACGCUCAUGAGAUGCGGUUAUAAAACAGUGACACAUUUCCUGUCCCACUGUAAAUAUGGCAGACUGUAUUCAACAAAGAUAACAACCCAUUAUACUAUACAUCCUAGAGAACAAGAUCCAAGAUGGAAAGAUAUAGACAUGACACGAUAUGAAGAUGUUGCGGAUGUUGUGAUUGUUGGAGGCGGUCCAGCAGGCCUGUCUGCUGCUUGUCGUCUGAAGCAGUUGGCAAAUGAACAAGAAAAAGAACUCAGGGUUUGCCUAGUUGAAAAAGCUCCUGAAAUAGGAGGUCAUACACUAUCUGGAGCAUGUAUAGAACCAACAGCUCUUGAUGAACUAUUUCCUGACUGGAAAGAAAAAGGAGCACCCUUAAAGACACCAGUUACAGAAGAUAAAUUUUAUUUCUUAACAGAAAAUAAAACAAUACCUAUUCCAGUAUUCCCAGGUAUGCCAAUGAAUAACCAUGGUAACUAUGUAGUACGUCUGGGUAAUGUUGUACGAUGGUUAGGACAGCAGGCAGAGGAACUUGGUGUAGAGAUAUAUCCCGGUUAUGCUGCUAGUGAGGUAUUAUUUCAUGAAGACGGUAGUGUUAAAGGAAUAGCAACUAAUGAUGUAGGAAUAUAUAAAGAUGGAUCACCUAAGGACACAUUUGAAAGAGGAAUGGAGCUCCAUGCCAAAAUAACAAUAUUUGGAGAAGGUUGCCAUGGUGCAUUAGCUAAACAAUUAUAUAAGACAUUUGAUUUAAGAAAGGAUUGUGAACCACAGUCAUAUGGUAUAGGUUUAAAGGAAUUAUGGGAAAUUGAUCCAGAAAAGCACAGACCUGGAAGAGUUGAGCAUACAAUAGGAUGGCCUUUUGACAUCCAUACAUAUGGUGGUACAUUCCUUUACCAUUUAGAUGAAGGACCUCUGGUCACAUUAGGAAUGGUGGUUGGCCUUGAUUACCAGAAUCCAUACAUUAGUCCAUUUAAAGAGUUCCAAAGAUACAAACACCAUCCAUGUAUAGCACAAACACUUAAAGGUGGAAAGAGAAUAGGUUACGGUGCUAGGGCUCUAAAUGAAGGAGGCUUUCAGUCACUCCCCAAGCUGACAUUCCCAGGAGGAAUAUUGGCAGGAUGUAGUCCAGGCUUUAUGAAUGUUCCUAAAAUCAAAGGCACACACAAUGCAAUGAAGAGUGGAAUGGUGGCUGCAGAGGCUGUCUUUGAAACAUUAAAUAAUGAAAGUUUAGCAUCAAACUCACCAACAGCAGGUCUGGAUCCUGAUGUGUAUGAACAAAAGAUAAGAGACAGCUGGGUAUGGAAGGAACUGCAUGCAGUACGGAAUGUCAGACCAUCAUUCAACACAAAGUUAGGACUUUACGGAGGGGUGCUGUAUACAGGUCUUUUCUAUGUUCUCGGCAGAGGAAAGGAACCAUGGACACUAUCUCAUGGAGGUGCUGAUUAUACCAAACUUAAGCCAGCAGCAGAAUGUAAGCCAAUAGAUUAUCCUAAGCCAGAUGGACAACUUAGCUUUGAUUUAUUGGAGUCAGUAGCUUUAACAGGAACAAACCAUGACCAUGAUCAACCUGCCCAUCUUACCCUACUUAAUGAUGAUACACCUGUCAAUCAUAACCUAGCUGUGUUCGAUGGACCAGAACAAAGAUUCUGUCCUGCAGGUGUAUAUGAAUAUGUAGAAACAGAAGAUGGAAAUGGAAAAAGACUACAAAUAAAUGCUCAGAACUGUAUACAUUGUAAAACUUGUGAUAUCAAGGACCCUAGUCAAAACAUUAAUUGGGUAUGUCCUCAGGGUGGUGAGGGGCCAGCAUAUAAUGGCAUGUAACAUGGCAGCAUUAUUGUGAGAUAUAUUGUGAUGAUCUGAGGAGUAAAUGAGAAUUAUAUUUGUUCAAUCUUUGAAGGAUUUGUUUUGUGUACAUUUUAAUCAUCAUUCAUUAAUGUGAAAAUCUAUAUGCCAAGCACAUUGUCACAGAAAUUUUAAUACCAAAUAGUUGACCCAAAACUUAAAAUCUGUUAUACUUUAGAUUUGAAAUAUUGUAAAUGUUUCCAUCUUUAUUUUUUGAAUUUUUGGCAUGGCCAGUUUUAAAGUGUUGAAUCAAUUAUUGCUUAUUGAAAUAACAUAGAACAAUGACAUCUUUUUCAGCAUGUUCAUUUAACAAUAAAAAAAAGCAUAAGUUCAAACAAAGUGUUUACACUAUACAUGCUAUACACAAUAUUAAGCAGAAAGGGCAAGAUAUUAAAUAAGUGAACAAUUUUGGAAUUAAAAGAGCAAUGAAAUUAUUUACAUUUUAGUCAAAAGAUUCAUGUCAAGCAGAUAGUUUUUAUUUUUGAAUUUUAUUUAAUCCUUAGGUACGUAUAGAAUGACUUAAGUUCUUAAAGCCACAAACAUAUUAGGAAAUUAUUAAGUGAUGAAGGCAUCAAGAUUUAUAAAUGUGUAUAUUGAUAGUAUCGUGUAUCCCUUAUUUGAAGUAUUGUUGAUUUCUUUUUAUUUAUUUAUAAUUAUUUUAUUUGGAUUUUAUUGGUUAAUUAGACCACAGAAGUUUUUUGGAAACAAACUGACUGGUCAUUUGUGUUAUAAAAUACGAAGUUGAAUAACACUUUAAAUAGGGGUCAGGGAUCAAGCUUAAAAAGAUCACAGUAGAUAUUGUCAGCUAUUAUAAAUAGCUGUGUUUGUUAUAUAGAUAUGUGUAAAUGUUAGAGAUAUAUGUACUUGUUGAAGAAUUAUUGUUUAUGUGGAACAAAUUAUGAAAUUGAAGUGUCUGUCAGUUUUUUACAUAUCAGUUUGUUUAGUGUCUAUGUCACAAGUGAACAAUAUUUAGGAUUGAAAUGAAUGAAGACUGUUACUGCAAUAGAUUGAUAUUAAUCGAAAUAGUAAAAAAGUAAGGUCUGUUAAUGAAUAUUCAUCAAAUUAAGAUUCAAUAUCACAUUAUGGUAUCAAUUGCUUUGUUCUAACUUCAUGUAGCAUAAACAAUUUUAUGGGCAAUUAGAAAAAAAAAUGUUAAAACCAAAUUUACUGUGGUGUGAUUUUGUGAAAUUUAAGUUAUAAAGUCAUUUUGGUACAUUUAAAGUAUUUUUUUUAUCAAAAACAUUCUAUAUGUUUUAGUAUGAGGUCUGUUUAACUGUCCUGUUGCAUUAAGGUAUUAGGUAUAACCCUGUAGCCAUCUUACUGUAGUACAGAUAUAC